AUGGGUUUUGGAAUUAGAGCUGUAGGGAAUGGAAGGCCGAACUUCUGUUAUGGAAGGGGUGGGGUUUUGUUGAAUGAUAAAAAUAGAGAAAAUGAAAGAGGGAGAGAUGACGAGAAGAUCACGGAACUCAUGUUCCCAAGGCUUCAUGUUAAUGAUAUAGAGAAAGGAGGGCCAAAAGCACCUCCAAGGAAUAAGAUGGCUCUCUAUGAACAACUAAGUAUUCCAUCUCAGCGGGAGCAACCAAUUAUGUUUAAGGGGAAUGGCCUUGAAAGAAACUUUCACUUUCCACUUCACAUACCUCCCUCAAUGCCCAUUCAUCAGGGUGAGAAGAUUCUUACUCACCGGCCUGAAGGAUCAAGAUCCAAAUUUGAUUACGUGCCCUGGCCUGAAUUUGAGACAAGAAGUCAAGAAGUGAGAUGUGAGAAUGAAGAGGUACCAAACUUGAGGGUUCCAAGUCAUUCUGUAAAAUCCACAACAGGUAUGUCGACCCGAGAAAAUAUUGAAGGGCUCCUGAAGGAAUCCAAUGCAGCUCCAGAUCAAGAGUAUCAAGAUUGUCCUAUAACUAAUAUUAACAGUUCAGAUGAUGAUGCUUGUUUACAGCAAGAGACUAGAUUUGUUGAGCCUGUAAGGGAUAUAGACAAGGGAAAUGUUCCUCGCCCAAGAAGCAUCACUCACUCGGGGGGAAAUGAUGGCAGUCCCUGUGAGCGUGAUAAUGGCAGUGAAUAUUGUGGAGACCAGACCAUGUCACUACAAAUGGGAAAUGUAGACAAAACUGAUUAUGUUUUUGAAUCCAUAGUGGAUCCUAUACCAGGAUUUGAUAUCUCUCCGGAUGAUGUUGUAGGAAUAACAGGCAAACAUUUUUGGAAAUCUAGAAGAGCGAUUGUCAAUCAACAAGGAGUGUUUGCGGUGCAAGUAUUUGAGUUGCAUAGACUGAUAAAGGUGAUGUGGUCUUUGACCUUGUUAAAAUUGAUUUCUGGAUCACCACAUCUUCUGCUUGAACAUGGUGCUUUUCUAGGAAAACCUUCAUUGAAGGGUCUGCCUGCAAAGAAACUUUCAUCCAAGUAUAUUGUAAAACCACCAUCACACAUUGCGAAGUGCAAAGAUGAUUCCGAGAAGCCAAACCAUAAAAUCGAACAUUCUGCAGAAAAUGCAGUUGGGAAGAGUUCUGUGAAAAAUGGCAGUCAGCCUUCAAGUUAUGAAGCUUAUAUUGGAAACUCACUGCCAGCUCCUGUGGCUACUGAUGAUAAAAUGGGUUCUUGGUGUAUUAAUCAGUCACCUGGGCAUCAGUGGUUGAUUCCCAUAGUCUCUCCUUCUGAAGGACUCGUAUACAAGCCCUAUCCUAGACCUGGGUUUAUGGGAACUGCUUAUGGAGGAUGUGGACCUUUCAGCCAGGUUCCCUUGACAGGUAACUUAAUGAAUUUAGCUUAUUGGUUUCCAGGUCAUCCUUGUCAUCAGGGGAUUGGAAAUCCUCUUGGUACUCCUCUAGUUGGUCAUACCUACUUCCCUACACAUGGCAUGCCGGUCAUGCAUUCGACCAUGUCAGGUUCAGUUGUUGAACAAGUUAACCAAUCUGCUGGACUUGGCUCACAUGGUCAAAGUCAGUUAUCAGGAGCUGGAGCCAACUUAAACAUGCAGCAUCAGACCUCACAUAAGCCAAAUAAAAAGAACGGAGUUAUUUCACAAGUUGCUAAGUUUCAGGCUACUAAAGACAGGGAGUUGCAAGGAAGUACAGCUAGUAGUCGCUGUGAGAGACCUCGAGGUGUUGGGACAAGUUUCACUUCUGAGGGGAGAGAUGCACUUCCACUUUUUCCUAUUGCUUCAGUAGUCCCAGAGGCAGCUCCUCGGCCACAUGAAGUUGACCAGUCGACACGAGUGAUCAAAGUUGUGCCACAUAAUUCUAGAUCUACAUCUAAAUCAGCAGCUCGGAUUUUCCAAUCCAUUCAAGUAGAGAGAAAGCAGUACGACUCAGUUUAG